UCUUACUCCGAGAAACACAUGUACAGAAGAAGCACAUCCACGUGGGUUUUGUACUUUUCGAAGAGAGACUCCUCUGACGAACAAAUCAAAUACAAACACUCUAUAAGACUAUUAAUUAUAGAUUUUUGUGAUCCGAUAUGACGAAAGUUAAGAAGGAAAAGGCUGUUGCUGAGGAAGCUGCACCCGCCGGCAGUUCCGAGAAGUCUUACCACGAGUUGGUAGCGAACCUGAACGCUAUUGCAAAUCCGCUCGCCACCAAGAAGCUCAGCAAGAAACUCUACAAAUGCGUAAAAAAGGCUUCCAAAGUAAAGAACAUCCGCAGAGGAGUGAAAGAAGUUCAGAAGUUCAUCGGCAAAGGAGAGAAAGGCAUUGUGCUAUUGGCAGGCGACACACUGCCCAUUGACGUCUACUGCCACUUGCCAGUCAUGUGUGAGGACAGAGAUAUUCCUUACGCGUACAUCCCCUCCAAAGUGGACUUAGGCGCGUCUGCUGGCUCCAAGAGGCCGACCUGCGUGAUCAUGAUCAAACCUCAUGCUGACUAUCAGGAGGCGUACAAUGAGUGUCUGGAGGAAGUAUCCUGCAUGCCCAAACCCCUAUGAGCCAAUCAGAGACCAGCUCCCGCUGGGACCGCACGCACUCAUCAAAAUAGGACAAUAAGACAUUGGUUUGGAGUGACGUGACGGAAAUUAGGACAUUUAAUUCCACACUUUUUUUUCUUUUUUUUUUUUUAAGUAUUUUGUAUUUCUGUUCUAUGUACUACUACACCGUACCAUGUAGUUGUGGGCAUGAAUCAAUUUUUGUAUAAAAAAAUUAGGGCUGUCAAAAUUAAUGAGUUAACUCAUGAUUAAUCAUAAAAAAAUUAUUGCAUUUGUCAUAUACACACUUAGAUUAAUCAUGCAAUUUAUUUUGACCGUACAAGUUCUUACCUUAAUCGCUAUACGGUCAGUGAUCAGAUCAAUGCAUACGUCAUACAACAAUGAAUGAGGAUACUGCGACUGCUCACUGGCAAAUUUCACUCUAAAAUACAGCCUGAAUGAACUUCAAAUAAAACUGUUCCUUAAUUUUGUGCAA